UUACCCGCUGACGCUAGGCCCGAAGAGAGGUCUGUUGAGCAACGUUCCUGGAGGCCGGUCCGUUCGAAGCGGUCCAUCCAAGGACCUGAAGACUUGGCGGGACUUCACGCAGGGAGAAAAGCAGCUGCUCACAUCUUCCUUAAGCGAUCCUCAAGUGCAAGCCAUACUCAGCGAGGGUCGGCGGGAGAAGACCAAGAAACACAACAAGGGGUACAAGGAUGGGACGCUGAAGGACGCAGCCGCGUGUCUGCAGAGACUCGUUGAAGAGCAGGCAGGAGUCGAGCAGGGGGAGGACGAAACGGUAGAGGAGUAUCAUCAGCGUAUCUGGGCUUGCGCUGAGGCAGAGAAUUGCGUGUGGCUCCCGGCGGAAGCUGACGAGGACCGCGAGGCGUACUUGGACCGUUUCCGAACGACAGGUAGGCGAAUCCACAAGUGGGUCAAGAACAACGCGAACGGACGCAGUGUCAUCGCAUUGCCCCCGUGGCCUGUCGCUCGGAAGUCGCGUACACUUCGCGGCGUCGGCGUCUUCUCCAAGUCAGACCACCCAUCCCGUCCUCGGACAAAGAGUGAGCUGCUGGAGGUGAAUCCCGAUGCAGCUAAAUCCUGGCAUGUUUCGACCUGGAACAAAGCGGUAAAGGCUGCUUGGGAGCUUCUUCCUGAAGCAGAGAAGGCUCGCUACGACAGUCUUGCCGCCGAAGAGGAAAUGAAGAGGAAUGAAGAGGGUAUAGAUGGUGCAACAAUCGAGACCGAACGAAUUCGUCGAGAGGCCGUAGAACACGUCGGCGACCACGUUCGGGACUGCGCCAAACAGUGGAAUGAGAGGACGGGAUGUCUUUCUCUGACUUUCGUUGGGGGCCUUGACGAGCUGGGCCAGCCCCGUUGCUGGGUAGAACCUUUCGGCACUGACAAGUCGGGGCAGAACUUCCUGCAGAGGCUGGCGGCACGAGUGGGUUGGCCGGAGGAGAAGCUGGGGACAGUAUUUUACGAGUGGAUUCUAGAUGCGAUGCAUGACGACGAGACCCCUGCGGCGGGUGACAAGACGGGGUCUCAAGGUGGCGAUAUCUCCACGACGAUGGAGGCGGCUUCUACGACAACGAACGAACCUGCUGAGUUGGAUUUACCGAUCCCCCAAGACUUGGACGCGGGUCAUGGCUCCGACUCGCCCGGCAGCAUUUCGUCAAGAGAGGGAGCAGAUGAAGAAUCCACUGUAGAGAACGAGCUGGGUAUCGCCGCGACGACUUCGGAAUCUGAGCCUAUUGCAACUGUCGAGGAAGAGGGUUUGACUCCAUCCGGCGAUAUCGGUGAAAUGAGAGAUGAUGUACCCACCGUCUCCGACGAGGGAGGUGAGAGGCGCGAUCUCGCUUAUAUCCUGUACCGAGCAUGUCGAGCUAUAGGUCUGGAUCCAUCCUACCCGGCACCAGUAUCCGAUGCAUCAAACGAAGACACUGGUAACACCGAUGAUGAUGAAGCCGAGAUACCUGCGGGUCGUGCUAACAAGAGGCCGGCCUCCUUCACUGCGGGAGGUCGCCGUCCGAAGCGGCCUACACUUACACCAGCCGGACGCACGGUGAAGUUAGCGUCAGUCAAGAGGAUAGGUCGAGGAUCUUUGCGACGCGCUCAAGGCGAGAAGGCAGACUCAGCGGGACCGAGAACAAGUUUCAUGAGCACUACACUCUCUGGCGUUCACACCAAUAGUUCCUUGGAGAAAGGUGGCCCCAUGGGCGCAGACGGUGCUCAGACAAGUGUGAUUGGAGACGUCGGCC